AGACUAGCUAGACUAUAUUAUUCGAAGGCCGACCGUUAUGUAUUUGUUAGCUAAAUCAUUGCUAACUUUGGCUAGCCUUCCCUUAGCUAAAGGCAAUCAAACCGGAAUAACGUUAGAGUAUUCGGUCGUAACAUUUUUUUAUUUAACAAGGAAAAAACCCCAUUGUCUUUUGCAGGGGGACCUAACAUUGAUCGGGUAAUACAAUGGUACAACAAGAUAUCAGUGGCUUUGUCUGUGUAGUUCAUUAAUAACAAACAAACUUGCUAGCCCGUAAUAAUUGAGCUACAAAACGUGCAAAGUGUAGGUUUGUGAAAUGUUCAAUCUCAGGAAGCAGGAAUUGUCUAUAAAGAUGUGUGAUGUUUAGGCUAGUAACCGUAACUUGUCUGUCAGCGAUCUAUAAUAAGAAGAAUCUGUGCUGUUCACUUUCUUACCAGCUGACUACACGAAGGGGGGCUGUAUAUACAGGCCCCAUGUGAACAACUGAACAACCGCUCACAUUCAAGGACAGAAGCCUUAUAAACUAAACAGCCUUCCUCUUCUCGUCCAACUGAUAUUUCGACGGCAGCGCACAAAGAACAGCGAGCUGCAUCAGGCUAACCCGCCGAGCCAGCACCUCCAGCCGGUAGAGGGCGCUCCUGAGCGAUGUCGUCCGGGUGCCCUCCGCAGUCCCCCGCCGUGGCGAAGACGGAGGUGGUGGUGGAGGGCGAGUCCCCCCUGCUGGCCGCCACCUUCGCCUACUGGGACAACAUCCUGGGCCCCCGCGUGCGUCACAUCUGGGCCCCCAAGACGGAGAGGCCCCUCCUCCUGAGCGACGGCGAGAUCACCUUCCUGGCCAAUCACACGCUGAACGGCGAGAUCCUGCGCAGCGCCGAGUGCGGCGCCGUCGACGUCAAGUUCUUCGUGCUGGCGGAGAAGGGCGUGAUCAUCGUGUCGCUCAUCUUCGACGGCGAGCUGAAGGGCGACAAGAACACGUGCGCCCUGUCGCUGAUCCUGCCGCAGACGCAGCUGGCCUUCUACCUGCCGCUGCACGCCGUCUGCGUGGAGCGGCUCAAGCACAUCAUCCGCAAGGGCCGCAUCUGGAUGAAGAUGGGCUGCAGCAUCGUCUCGGUCCUGACCUCGGAGAUCGUGCCCAUCAUGGAGCUGCUGUCCUCCAUGAAGACCCACAGCGUCCCGGAGGACAUCGAUAUUAAGGACACCGUGCUGAACGACGACGACAUCGGGGACAGCUGCCACGAAGACUUUCUGCACAAGGCCAUCAGCUCUCAUCUGCAGACCUGUGGCUGUUCUAUGGUUGUGGGGAGCAACCCCGAAAAAGUCAACAAGAUCGUUCGGACCCUGUGCCUCUUUCUCACGCCCGCCGAGCGCAAAUGUUCCCGCCUCUGCCGGGCCGAGUCGUCUUUCCGCUACGACACCGGCCUCUUCGUCCAGGGCCUGCUGAAGGACUCGACGGGCAGCUUCGUGCUGCCCUUCCGGCAGGUGCUGUACUCGCCGUACCCCACCACGCACAUCGACGUGGACGUGAACACGGUGACGCAGAUGCCGCCGUGCCACGAGCACACGUACAACCAGCGCCGCUACAUGCGCUCGGAGCUGGGCGUCCUCUGGAAGGCCGCCAGCGAGGAGGACGCGGGGCCCGACAUCGUCGCCCGCGCCGACGACACCUUCACCCCCGACCUAAACGUGUUCCAGGAUGUCAUGCACAGAGACACUCUGGUCAAAUCCUUCCUGGAUGAGGUGUUUCUGCUGAAGCCGGGCCUGGGCCUCCGCAGCACCUUCCUGGCGCAGUUCCUCCUGCUUCUCCACCGGAGGGCGCUCACCCUGCUCAAAUACAUUGAAGAUGAGACGCAGAAGGGCAAGAAGCCGUUUCGCUCGCUGCGCAGCCUGAAGACGGACCUGGACCUGACGGAGGAGGGCGAUCUCAACAUCGUCAUGGCGAUGGCCGAGAAGCUGAAGGCCGGCCUGCACUCCUUCGUCUUCGGGAAGUCCUUCUACACCAGCGUGCAGGAGCGCGACGUCCUCAUGAGCUUCUGAGCCCCGCCCACCUCUAAACCCCGCCCACCUCCAAGCCCCGCCCCCCUCAGACAUCUGCCUCUAACCCUACACCAGCGUGCAGGAGCGCGACGUCCUCAUGAGCUUCUGAGCCCCGCCCAUCUCCAAACCCCGCCCACAUACCCGAUCCUCCUCAGAAACCUGCCAAUCAGAAUCUGUCACCUCCUAGGGCAACCAAGCCUCCCCAGCCCCCCAGCCACCAUCAAUCAUAGAUUGUAGCCAAUCCAGGCCUUCUGAUCAACAAGCUGCACCCCCCCCCCACCUGCCCAUCACAUCCACAGCCUCGUCAAGUCGAUGUAAUGUUAAAACCCUGACCCUUCAUAGAGAGGGCGGGCGUGUGAUGUAAUGUUAUACUGUAGCAUGCUAAAAACAAACGGUGUGUCUGUUCUGUACUGUGAUGCGUGUGGGUGUGAGGUGUCUGCCGCACGCUGUUCUCCUCCGGCCCUAGGCGGGCGUCCCGGGUUCGAGCCGCGCGACCCUCAGAGCCACGGCUGGCGCUGUGUCGGCGUGUCCCGUGCGCGCGGAGGAAAGAAACGCCUUUUUAAUUCUGCCCGUGAGAUGCUCAGCCCAGCGCUGAGUGAUUCAUUUGAUUUGUUUGAUUCAUUCGUGCUGCUGAAAGGCUGU